AUGGCUUUCGACUUGUCCUCGUGCGCUGCCCCGUGCUACGACUUGCGCAUCGCCCGAGAUGGCUAUGCUUAUAAGGAGCAUGAGUUUCAGACGUGGUAUCCCUCCAGCUGGCGCGAAGACUGGCAGGUCGCGCAGUUGGUGGCCCUGACGCGCGCCGUCCCCCGCGGCCUUCAUCUUGGCAAAGUGGAUGAGGCCUUGGUUGGUACCGUGCUGGCCGAGCUGCUGCCACACAUGCUGAACAUUCCCACGAAAGACCGGGCCACACAACGGCGGACCGCUGUGGAGAUUGGCUGGACAUAUGAGGGCUCCUACGAUGAUGCGGUGGGCACGUCUGUGUACAGGGCUAAGGCAGCCACACCCCUCGCGGCCUUCCCGUGUCUACGCGAGAUGCUCUCCAGGGUAAUGCACAUGCUGGAUGCCUCCCUUCCCCUCGACGAAGAGAGGUUGAACGUGAGCUGCCUGCUUUACGAAGCCGGGCAAUUUAUCCCCUGGCAUGCUGACAGGCCCUACGUCUACAGGGAUGCCGUGUUCGGGUGUGUGGUGUUCAACAGUUCCGAUAGCGCUCUCGAGUUCCACUCCACAGACAAGCGCGGCAGGCCAACAGAACGAUACCUCAUCGAUGAAGCUAUAUCCCCCUUGGGAUUUGCUUUUUCAUUUUUGUUCAUAUGA